UUUGGAUUGAGCCGGAUUAUUUGAGAGAGACCACUAAAGGACCAUCUGAUUGCAUGUGCAGUGACAUCCAUUUUUGGCAAGUCAGCUUAUCUAAAAAAAAAGAAUAAAUAAUGGCAGAAGCAUCAGCCACUCCACAUUGGAGAAGUUGGAGGAAUCUUCAGGUCAUCUGGCUUAUCGACGAAGUAUACAACACGUUUUGGGAGGCGACAAAAUUUAACACAAAGAGACUACUGGAUCUUGGAGAUGAGUUGGACGAUGAAAGUCUUUUUCAUUUUUCUUUAUCAUUUCCAUCAUGGAAAACCCUCAAAGAAGCAACAGACGUGGAUAAAAAAGAAUUGUUUAAAUUAUUGAAAGACAACUCGGUAAAAACUUUCACUACAAGGAUUAUCUUUAUGAAGAUGAUAUAUUCCAAGGAUAAAUCGGAGUAUGAACGACUUCACAAAAAAGAAAUCCACCAUAUUUUGGACACUCUCAACAGACCAGACAAAUGCUGUGAGCUUGUCAGAUUGAAAGAGAAGGGUAUAGUAUUACAUCAAGAAUCCUUUAAUAACAUAUUCGAAACCCUUGCUCUUGGAUUUGAGGAAUCGUCUGAUAUCAUGGCUGAGAUUAUGGAAGAGUUAAUUAAGAAUAAAGGUAACACGAAAUACAAAGACCAUGAUCGCAAGAACUGGAUUCAAUCGGUUUUAAAAAAGAAAACACCUAUUCCUUGGGACCCGCUUGUUUUUUACGUUUGUGCAAAUAAAUAUGAAUGCGUAGUCAGCAUCCAAGCCAAUGACACUGAUGAAUACCGGUUCUACCCUGAAACUGUUUCCAAUAAGCCUAUGAUCAAGUUUGCACGAACUGAAUUGUCAAAAUAUAUGUGUUUAAAGCGAGACCAAGAAGUAUUUGAUUGUGUGACGGUGGCCGGUUGUUACACCUCCUAUAAACGAAAAAUGCGAGACACAAUGACAGGGCAGUUGGCAGAGAUGAGAGCGGAUCAAGAAACUAAAGACAUAAAAAAUAAUCCAAACGAAAAUCUUAUAGACGCUCACAUAACCUGUUUUAAGAAACUGGUUAGUGAAAAGAAAGAUCUUAAGGAAAACGUGAGUAGUCUCCAAACAUCCUUAGAGGAAGCUAUAGAACAGAAAGAGGAAGCUAUAGAACAGAAAGAGGAUACAGAACGAUCCUACGAUCAAUUAUCUGAGAUGUUUGAUGAAUUUUUGUCCAAAAAAAGCAAACUUGAUCAAGAGACAAAGCAAAAGAGACAACGGCGAAAUUUGUCAUCUGCAAGCAGUAAUAAAAAUCCUAAUAAACCAAAAGAAAUGAAUCAAGCUCAAGAUUGUUCAACCAACCCUGUUUAUGUUACAACAAAAGGCAAAAGCCAGUCUAAAACAGAAGACACAAUUACACCUGUGGGGGAUUAGGUGGAAACAAUAUCGUAAUAUGAAGACAUAAUACCCUAUUAAAACCUAGGAACUUUCUUCUCACCUCUCGAGCAUGUGCAAAAAAGACAUGCUUAUGAUUCCCAUUAGGUUUCAUGAGAAAGUGAUAUCAUGGUCUUAAAGCCCCUUUCACAAUUGGCGCACGAUCAGAAGCGACAAAAUAUUCGUGCGACCGAAACAAUUAGAUAUGAAUCGUAAACUGUUGCCGAAAUAAUCGCAUUUGAACAAGUAUUCGUACGAAAUUCGCACGAUCUACGCAAGCGUUGUGCGAUGUAAACGCAUUAAAUCGUGCGAUAUAUCUUGCGUCUAUAUGCUACUGUUCAUACAAUAAAAGCAACUAUUGAAGGAUAAUGCGAUAGGAUUGCGCGAGAGACCAGGUGAUCGGAUGAUUGAACGUGCGCCAAUUCGAUUGGACGUGCGAUUAUGCGUUCCAUGGUACGAAUGCUCGUGCGAGUCAGAGGGGAAAUAUACCACCCAUUUCCGACGAUUUUCAGUUGACAUAGUUGAAAGCAUGAAAACAUGCCGCCCAAGAAGAAACAGAGAUGCAGCAGCAUUUAUUAUUAUACCUCAAUUUGAUUAUUCUAUUAUAUCUGAUUGUUCUAGAAAGUCACGUGACAGGGCGAUUUCAUAGGGAAUUUCAAGCCGAUAUGAGCAUACGAUGUAGACAAACAUGAUUAAAUAAAAAAUAUUAGUUAUUGCGAUUCUCUUCAUAUCACAAAACCAACUUAACUCUAUGAUUCGAAAUUAUGAAAGAAAAGUUAGACAGUAACAUAGGAAAUCAAACAAUCACGAUUUUAUUGCUAUUAAUAAGUCAGACAAUUUUUAGAAAUCAACGUAUUUUGUUUAAUCAUACAUGUACAUGUAUGUUGUUCGAUAUAAUAAAACGUUUA